UUUGCCGCAACUUUUGUGAAGAAGCUGCCACGGAAUCUGGCAUUUUAGGCAGUCACACUGCGAAAUCCUGCAGGGAUUGACUGGUAUUAGACAUUUUCGUAUUUCAUAUAUAAAUAUAUGUCAAUGGUGCCAGUCAGUGUAGUGCAUGAAUGUAUGACUUGCAGUGCUGCUGACUGGAAUUGCUGAGGCUUCUGGUUUCUUGCAUCAUACUGAUGAGUCACCAGUGGGACGGGCAGCUGAUCAGGCACAAAACAACACACGAGCCAGUAAUUGUUUUGAACUAAAAGCUCAGUAGAGAGGAGGAAGUGAAUGGUAUUUUCAGCCCUUUAGACUGCAGGUAUGGACUUGGAGGAACAAGAAAACGAGCUGCUUGCUCUCCACAGUAUCCUGGGCUCAGAGGAGUUUGUUCGGCAUGGACUAAAGACUGCUGGAGAAGCGAGAGUGUCAACAGAGCUGCCUUCCGGCUUCAUGGUGGCACUAAGGGAAGGUGAAACACUGAAGCAGUACGAGAUAACGUUCCUUCCGCCACUGCUUCUGACCUUUGAUUUCCCUGAGGAUUAUCCCUCCUCCUCCCCUCCCUCCUUUAUUCUCCGCUGUAGCUGGCUGACACACAAACAGCUUGCUUCUUUGGGGGCUCACCUCAUUGAUCUCUAUCAAGCUACUGGAGGUGAUGUGGUGAUCUUCUCCUGGGUACAGUUUCUCAGGGACGAUACUCUCAGAUUCCUGAAUAUCAGUUCUCUGCUGGAACUUUCCAAUGAUCACAGCACCCCGUACAUCAGUAAAGACACAAUUUCUGCACUCUCAAACCUGAAAAUCAAUCAAAUAACCCUGGCUUCAGGAUCCAAAGGUGGCCAGAGUUGUCACCUUUCAGAUAAAUUGAUGGCCAGUAGUCAGGAAGACUCGAGAGAGACUGCAGUUCCUGAAUCCUGGAAGUUUAGUGAAGACUCUUAUGUCCCAUUCAAUGAAGAAGAACGUUUUGGUGAAGCAGCUGGAAAUCACACUGCUUCUGUGUUUGACAGCACCACACAGAACCAACCAGUCUCUGGUCUCUGCUUAACUCCAGCGCAAACUCUCAUGGCUGAAAUACUGAUUUAUGAUGCAGCCCAAAGGCACAAAGUUUUUCAAAGCACAGGUUUUGAUUGCUCUGUGUGUUUUAUGAGCUACCUCGGUUCAGAGUGUGUACAGAUACAAGAAUGUGGUCAUGUCUUCUGCCAGCCCUGUCUAGCUGAGUUCUGUAAGCUACAGAUAACAGAGGGAAAUGUCCACGGCGUCACCUGUGCUCAGGCAGGCUGCACAGCAUUGCCCACACCGGCACAGGUGGAGAGUCUGGUAGGGGAAGAACUGUUCAGCCGCUAUGACCGUCUUCUUCUGCAAUCUACUCUGGACUGUAUGGCAGAUGUGAUGUAUUGCCCACGGACCGCCUGUGCCUCGCCUGUCAUUCUGGACAAAGCCAGCAGUGUGGCGCUCUGCUCUGUCUGUGGCUUUGCCUUCUGUGUUUCCUGCAAGAAGACCUACCAUGGAACAGAUGACUGCAAGGCAACAGGGAUGCUGAAGAAACCUAAAAAAAAUGACCCACAGCAAGGCGAUGCAGACCUACCCCAAUCCAUUGACGGUAUGACAGCGCUAUGGGAUGACUAUGCCAGUGGCAGUAAACAAAGGAAGCGCCUGCUAGAGAGCAGGUACGGUCGGGAAAGCCUGCGUGGCACUCUAGAGGACUUCCUAAGUGAGGACUGGAUUACUUUCAACAGUAAAAAUUGCCCCUACUGCUUCUGCAGAAUACAGAAAAACAUGGGGUGCAAUAUCAUGACCUGCACCCAGUGCAGACGGCAGUUCUGCUGGGCUUGCCUGACCAGGCUUUCGUACCAAAGUGCAAGCAAGCACUUUCAGGACAGUGAAUGUAGCCUGUACCAGUACAACCUAUGACUAACAGUCUCAGGUGGAUCAUUUCUGCUCAUGUAGUAUAAAGUACCAACUGCUGCUCAUAUAAUAUAUUGUGUAACUGAAGGACACAUUGUUGGGAUUAGUAGUAACCCAGUACUGUACAGUCGUCCCUCAUUUAUUGCGGUUACUGAAUAUUUUUGUAGUUAAAGUAUAGAAAACCUUUUUAUGACUUUCUCAAUGUUUUUCAACUGUUAUUAGAGCCCUGUAGACAUGAAAUAACACCACUAUAGUCGUC